UUGUCAGUGGGCAAACGUACAACAUCAGCAGGGGAUGAAAUACUUUUUUGCCUCACUGUAUAGGUCCUGUUGAAAUUCCAUGCACUUCUGGUGUAGCAGGCGGACAGAGAAUGUGGGGUCUGUCCAGGACCGUGCUGGCCUGAAACCACAUUGCGGCUCCGCAAGCCUCUCCUCAGCGUGCCUGGCAAGGCGAUGUUGAAUAAUCCUUGCCAGGACUUUUCCCGGAACACCUGCAGACAAAGACCCCAGGUAUACAUAGCCUCAGUGGCGUCUCUAGGGUUGGUGUCACCCCUCAUGGACCUCCGCCCGCACCAUACCAUACAGAAUCCUUAGUAAUGUUUUUGUACUGUUACUCGUAAAUCGUAAUUCACAUAUAUCACUGAAUGUAAUGUAAAUUGUGAUAUAAACAACUCGUAAAAUUAAAAUAACACCUUUCAAUUACAAUAUUUCCUUUAAUUACUACUUCAUUCUCAAAAAAGUGAUCGAUAUAGGUUCACACAUACUAAUUACCACAACACUGGAGCUAAAACACCAGAAAAUUUGACAAAACCAGCGACUAUAAAAACACGAGCAGCGACGAACACAACAGCGCGUGCUUGGAGCGCGUGCAGACGAACCCACGUGACUCGAAGCGUCACUGCAGUUGGGUAACAAUAACUCUUACCGGAGCGCAUUAGAUGGUUCAAAAAGUAAAUUCGCAUAAAGUUUUAUCCUUGUAGCUAUAUUGAUACAGCACGUGUAAGCUGGGCUUACGGAAAAUGUUUGUGUUAUAAUUAACUACAGGGAUAUUUUUUUUUAUAAAAAAAGAAUACAUUUCUGCUGAAACACAAACAUUGUAGGGACAUAUUCUUGGUUCUUUCUGGUAAAGUCACGUAGAUAUAAAAUUUAAUUAAUUAAAUCACUUUACCGAAAUAACCAAAGAGUAUGGAUCCCUGCAGUCACGAAAACUUCAAAUCUGGAAUAACAUACUUUAGAGGUUUAGUGCUGUUAGUGUGGCGAUAUUUACACAUCACACCAGGUACUGUACUCGUUUGAGGUUGAGUCGACUUAGCAGAGAGUCGGGACCGGCUGAGAUCAUUGUCACCGGCGUUGGCCGUGAGCAGGAGUCCGUGGCGCGUGGCGCUAACCGCUGCACCACCGCUCCCCCGUGGAUGAGUCAUGGGUGACGCGUCCCACGUGACGUGCGAUUACCAAUCAGGCGGCGCAAGGCGCGGCGCCGAGGAACUUCCGGAGCCGCGUGUCUCCAUGCCCACGCUCAGCAGCUCUGCUCCCCCCUCGCGCGCCUCCGUGCCGCUCAGCUACAUCACAGCAUGGAGCGACGGAGGUGGGGGCCCCGAGGAGCCCCCCGAGCGUCUGGCCUGGCGCCAACAGAUGGAGCGGCGACUUCGCGUGCUAGAGGAGCUCCUGGAGACGGAGCGCGACUUCCUGUGCGACCUGCGCGUCUUCCGCAAGCGCGUGUUCGUGCCGCUGCAACAGCUGGGCUGUGCCAGCGCCCUCAACGGAGACCUGGACAGUGUGAUCGCGCUCUCGUCGCGCCUCUUCUCCGAGCUGCGCCAUCUCGUCAUCACCAACGACACGCCCUCGCAGAUCGUUGGGAGCGUGUUUUUGGGCGUACGCGACGAGGUGGAGGGCGUAUACAAGUCGUACUGCGCGCACCAUGAGCAGGGCCUGGCCGAGAUGGAGAUGUGGUCGCACGACCCCCACUCCUGCGACUGCCUACAGGCCAGCAUCACCGCACUCCGGGAGAUUUACACUCACGUGGGUAAGCGUCGCUUGGUGGACGUUCCGUCGUUCCUGAUUCUCCCGGUGCAGCGCGUGACGCGCUACCCGCUCCUGCUCACCGAGCUGGCGCGUCACACCCCCCUUUCGCAUCCCGACUGCGAGCCGUUGGCGAGGGCUGUUGCCAGCUUGCGGGAAGCCAACAUGGCCAUUAAUAAUGCUCAGCGCUUAGUGGUGAGGAGGGUACCCCCCCCUCCCGCCCCCCUGUCGGUGCUGGCUGAGCGACUGUUCCGGCGUGGAGUCUCCUCCCUCGCCAAAACCACGGCACAGAUCCGGCAGCUCGCGGGGCUCACGUCUCGCGACGACGAUGGUGGCGAGGACCUGGCGAAGCGUUUCCGUGUCUUGCACAUUGACGUCAAGACGUCUGCAGCAACCGCCGCCACCUCUCCUACUGCCAUCACUGCCACUACCUCCACUGUCAUCAACAACGACAACAGCAACAACAACAACAACCACAUCCGCCAGGAGGAGGCGGAGGUGGCGGUGGCAGCCGUUAGCGUGAGCGGCGAGCGUCUCGUUGCUUCUCAGCCGGAGGGAGAGGCAGACGGUCGUCACGGUAAUCGCGCAGUGUGCCGCGUCCCCCUGCGCCGCCACUCGGACGCAGAGGGGGGGGCAGCGCCUCGGUCUCCGGGGCGACGGCACGAGGAGCGGUCCCACACGGAUGGGGAGAUGGACGACGACGACGGCGGCAGCAACACCUGCAGGACACGUGCAGGCUUGGGCCUAGCCAAGUGCGCCGGUGACGCCAAACGCAGGGCGAGGCCGCGGCCUCCGGGCCCAAAACAGGAACCGAAAUCAAAACAGGAAGAGGAACUGAAUCCAAAACAGGAACUGAAACAGGAACAGAAGCUGAAACCAAAACAGGAAGGGAAACCCACGACCGAGCGGAGAUUGAAACCGCAGAAAAACCGCGCAGAGACUCCGGGGGCCGAGGCGGAUGAGCGAGUGGCACGGUGGCGCCUCACCGGCUUGGAGGAGCCCACGGAUUCAGACCGCACGGACUCUGUCCGCACUGGGUCCGACUCGGGGUUCGACUCCCUGUCGCGCUCACGCAACCCCCCCCCGCCCUCCCGCCCGGGGCCCCCACCCCCCGCACCCUCCCCUCCCCUUACCUCCCCCUGCCUCCCCCGCCCCCGAGGCUUCUUCAGGCCGAGCCCCGCGGAGAGCCCGGACCGACGGGGAUCAUCGGGGGUCACCGCCACGGGGUCCCCCCCGUUUCUCGGACGAUGGGCGAUACGCCCCGCCUCCGCUGCGCCGCCCCAAGUCCAGCCACGACCUCCUGGGCUCCGGAUAUGACUACAACGACGACGACUACGGUCGCCCGCGCUCCGACUGCCCGACGCUCCACCGCGACCGCCGCCCCAGGUGUCCCCCUCUCCACGACGACCCUGCGGGGCCCCCGCACCGGGCCCCCGACUACGGCACGCUCCAGCCCCUCCACCACACGGCAUCUGCCCCGGUGUUUGUCCACCACACGACCGACCGGGUGCUGGGGCGGCAGCGCCGCCACCGCUCGCCGCGAGGCCUCGACGUGGUGGACUGCGGCAUCCGCCUUCCUCCUCCCGCUGUCCACCAACGCCCUCCUCCUGGUGCCCACCACCGCUCUCCUCCCAUUGUCCAUCACCGCUCUCCUCCUUCCGGCGUCCACCCAGACCGCGGUCGACAGCCCCCUUACCGAGACAGCACAGUCGAGCGGGGCCGCCGUGGGGACGGUUACCAUGGAGACGGUUACCAUGGAAACGGUUGCCGCAGAGGCUGUUACUCUGAAAAUGAGUACCAUAGAGAUGGGUACCAUAGGGAAGGGCGUCGUGGAGAUGGUUACCGUGGGGAUGGAAUUUAUGGAGAUGGUUACCGCAGUCACGGAAACUAUGAAGACGGUUACAGCGGCCUUGGAACCUAUGGAGAUGGUUACUACGGUGACAGAACCUUUGGGGACGGUUGCUGUGGUGACAGAACUGAUGGAGACAGUUACCGUGGAGCUGGUUACCAUGGUGAUCGUGGAGCUGGGCGCCGCAGAGAUGGGUGCCGCGGAGACGGACGCCGGGGAGAUGGUUACCCUGGAGAUGGACGCCGUGGAAACGGUUACCCUGGAGACGGAUGUGGCUCCCCUUCCAGUGCAGAUGGGGCCCCCAAUUCCAGGCAGCGCCGUGAGCACGAGAAGCAGGUGACGGGCGGUGCUGAUGGAAGGGAACUCGUCGUCAGUGAAUAUUUCUACCAGGCCGUGUUCUCCUUCUCGGCGCUGCUCCCCAACCAGCUGAGUGUGCGUGCGCGUGAGCGCGUGCGCGUGCUCUGCUUCCACGACGAGGCCGGGAACUCUGCUUGGUGGCUGGCGGAGGGGCCGGCCGGCCAGGGCUACCUCCCUGCGGCAUACCUCCGCGCGUCCCACUACACGUAGAAAACACAGCACAACACGUAGACAACACGGCUUUCCCACUGCAUGUAGUCAAAACGGUGUCCCACUGCACGUAGACAACAUGGCGUCCCACGUCAUGUACACGCCACAGUGCAUGUGGACACCGCCGCACGUGGACACGGCAUACAAAGACAACACAGCGCACACAGAUGCUACGUGCGCACGUAGCGUCCGUGCGCACGGCAUACAUGGACACACAGGUACGUCCCGCUGCACAGACAUGGAACAUGUCUGCGCAGGGGCAUGCGGCAACACAAAUGCAAGCGUAGACAAAGAUUCCCCCCAAUGGCGUGCACAGACUAUUGGGGCGAGUGCUGUUAGCGAGCACCUGCGAAGGCUGGCACCGUGCACGAGGGGCCGGCGUGGCUGUAACCACUCCUCCGGUCACCUUUUUAUCCCGGUGGUGAUGUCCUCAUCCAUCGCACCAGGUACUCUGUUGAGGCUGAAUCGAGCUGAGGGGCGGAUGCCUUCUCUCGCUUCAUUGGCACUCUCCACUGGCCAGGAAUCAAACCGAGGUCACCAGGUUCAUAAUGUCGUGUGACUAUAAUGCAGAUGAGCGUGUGAGUGCGUCCUUGUUUGAGUGUGUACCCCUGUUUGUGUGUGUACCCCUGUUUGUGUGUGUACCCCUGUGCAUGUGUGUGUGUUUAUACCUAUGUGUGUUUAUACCUGUGCAUGUGUGUGUGUGUAUGUUUAUACCUGUGUGUUUAUACCUGAAUAUGCAUUUAGAAGCUUGUGUACCACUGCGUGUGGUACCAUAUGUGGGUCACGUAACAGGGUCUAACGUGCCACGGGUCGAACGUGCUACUGGGUCUUAACGUGCCACGGGUCUAACAUGCUACUGGGUCUUAACGUGCAAUUUGCUCACGGGGUAUGGACUGUGGGUCUGACUUUCCAUGCAGGAUACAAACUGUGGGUCUAACAUGCCUUGGGGUUGAACGUGCUGAGGCAGGCACGGACUCGUGCUGAUGGGUGCUCUGUACAGUUUGUAUUUGCCAUGCGCUGUUUUGCAUUAAACUGCGAGGAUUUUGCCUCUAA